CCCGGACCUUCAGGGGACGUACCAUGCCUACUCUGCCAGCACCGAGCACCGGGGAAUCCCUCACCGCAACAGCAUCCAUUUUCCAAAGGAGGCGGGAAGGUUGCUCCGCUGGCCUGGAGGGGCUAAGGGGCAGCGCGACCUGCUUCGUGUCACCCUUCUCCCCGCCAGCGCCCCCAUUCCCCGCGGCGCCCGGGCCCUGGCUGCGCCGUCCCCUUUUCAGUCUGGAGCUGUCGGACGCGGAGGAGGCCUUCCCGCGCCGCGCGGGGCCGCUCGAGGUCCCGGCCGACAGCCGCGUGUUCGUGCAGGCGGCCCUGGCCCGACCCUCUCCGCGCUGGGGCCUGGUCCUGCACCGCUGCUCGGUGACACCGUCCUCGCGCCCGGCCCCGGGGCCCGCCCUGGCGCUGCUGCGCGGGGGCUGCCCCGCCGACUCCUCGGUCGUCCUCCCGCCGCCGCCGCGCCCGGGUGCUACCGGGUCCGCGCGCUUCAGCUUCCGCCUGCGCCCGGUCUUCAACGCCUCCGUGCAGUUCCUGCACUGCCAGCUGAGCCGCUGCCGCCGCCUCCGGGGAGUCCGCCGGACACCUGCGCCUCUGACGCUGCCGCCGCCAUCGCUGUGUCUGCCUCAGGAUGAGGCGUGCGCGGGCGCCGGCAGCGGCGAGAGCCUGGGUGCCGACAGUCCCCACCUGCACACGCUGACGCAGCCCAUCGUGGUCACAGUGCCGCGGCCACCCCCCAGGCCAUCCAAGGGCGUCCCCGGCAGAGCCGUGCGCCCCGAGCCUCCUGCCGCGGCCCCCGCGGCCCUGGAGCCCGCGCCCGUGGUGGCGCUGGUGUUGGCUGCCUUCGUGCUGGGCGCCGCGCUGGCCGCCGGGCUCGGCCUCGUCUGUGCGCACUCAGCGCCCCCAACCCCCGGUCCGGCCCCGAGAGACUCGCCCAGCGGCCCCCAGCCCAGGAUGCCCCAGUGAGAAAUGAGACCCAUGAGGCACUCUCUGAAGUAACUUGUCAAAGGUCACAAAAUUUGGUGGAGCUGGAAUUCAAACUCGGGCACUGGGUCACCCGUGGCCAACUUCGGGCUCUGUGUCACAAGAGGGGUCCUCAAACCUCGGACAGACACUAGACGAGGAGAAUUCGCGACUCAGACCUAGCACCCACCCUCACUCCCGCACACAGACUGA